AUGUCGAACGAUCCAAAUCUAGUGAACCAGCUUCUCCCAGCGAUGCAAAAUGUCCAAAAAGCACUCGAGGCGGUGUCUCUCGGCGGGAAAAUCAAGGUCUCGACGGUGCAUUCGAUGACGGUGCUUGGUAACUCGGAACCGCCAUCUGCCGGUUCGUUUAAGCCCGGUUAUCAAGCCGGUUUAAAGGGGAUUCUACAGUUUCUAAGCGACACUGGAUCGCCUUUCACUAUUAACCCGUACCCGUUCUUCGCGUAUCGAGAUGAUCCGAGACCUGAAACGCUUGCGUUUUGUCUUUUCCAGCCUAAUCCGGGUCGACUUGACGCUAACACGGGAAUCAAGUACAUGAACAUGUUCGAUGCACAGGUAGAUGCGGUUCACUCGGCUUUGAAAUCGGUUGGAUUCGAGAAGGUGGAGAUCGUGGUGGCAGAAACAGGUUGGCCUUCACGAGGGGAUCCCAAUGAAGUUGGACCGAGCGUGGAUAAUGCUAAAGCAUACAACGGAAACCUAAUAGCUCAUCUGAGGUCAAUGGUUGGCACACCUCUCAUGCCUGGGAAGCCCGUAGACACAUACAUCUUCGCACUCUAUGACGAGAAUCAAAAGCCCGGACCAUCUUCAGAACGUGCCUUCGGGCUUUUCAAAACCGAUCUUUCCAUGGCCUAUGAUGCAGGCCUUGCCAAGAGUAGCGGUAGUAGCAGCAACAGUAGUAGUCAGUCGCCGCCGUCGGGAAAAGUGACAUCGACGGGGUGGUGUGUACCGAGGAAUGGUGCGACGGAUGCGCAGUUGCAAGCGAGCUUGGAUUGGGCGUGUGGACAAGGAAUAGACUGUGGGCCGAUACAACCAGGAGGAGCUUGUUUCGAGCCAAACAAUGUGGCGUCACAUGCAGCCUUUGCCAUGAAUAUGUAUUUUCAAAAGUCUCCUAAAAAGCCUACAGACUGUGAUUUCUCUCAAUCCGCAACACUCACCUCCCAAAACCCUAGUUAUAACAGCUGCGUCUAUCCCGGAGGAGGAGGAGCAGGAAGUACAGGAGUAAUGAACAAGUAUAUAUGA